AUGUCUGGGGACCAAUGCAGGAGGCGAGUUGGUAUUGUGGGCUACGGACAUUUAGGUCAGUAUCUUGUGCAACGACUCCGGGAUGACGGCCUUCGACAUGGCUUGGAGCUGGCCUUUGUUUGGAACCGGGAUGCCGACAAAUUGAAGGGGAUGGUGCCAGCGGAGCUGCGGUUGGGGAAGCUGACCGAUUUCUUGGAGCGCCAUGCUGAUAUCAUUGUUGAAGUGGCUCAUCCCUGCAUUGCCCAGGCCUAUGGGGAGUCCUUUCUCAGAACUGCAGAUUUCAUGGUAGGGUCUCCAACAGCCUUGGCAGGUUUAGAGACAGAGCUGAAAUUGCGCGCAGUUGCACAGCAAUCUGGGCACACCCUCUAUAUCCCCAGCGGAGCUCUCUGGGGUGGGCAAGACAUCCAGAGGAUGGACGAAGGAGGGAUGCUUCAGGCAUUGACAGUCACCAUGGUGAAACACCCUGACAGCUUCCGCCUGGGUGGGCAUCUAGGAGAGCUUGCGCGGCAUGCGCGACAGGAGCGCACAGUGCUGUAUGAUGGCCCCGUUCGAGGACUCUGCCCCCUAGCCCCAAACAACGUCAACACCAUGGCAGCAGCCUGUAUGGCUGCCUCCAGUCUGGGCUUUGACGGUGUGAAAGGGUGCCUCGUAGCCGACCCCGCCCUUCCAGACUACCACGUGGUGGAGACGGAGGCAACUGGGCCAGGCGGCUUCUCUGUCCACACCAGGCGCAAGAACCCAGCUGCUUGCGGGGCCGUCACGGGGUCAGCCACCUUUGCUGCUUUCUGGAGCAGCCUGUUGGUAUGUCGAGGCCACGGAGGGCGGGUCUAUCUCUGCUGA